ACUUUCUUCAUCCCCCCCCUCUGGCCUGCAACUCCAGCCUUGAUCUCUGUGCCGCUCCUUCAACCUUUGCAAGGCAGAGAUCUUUCCCCCGUCUGAUCUUCUCCCUGGGCCAUCGCUCGGUCGCUGGGCAUCCGUUCCUUUUCUUUCUUGUUGCUUUCUUUCUCCGCAGCUGUCAAUCGUUCAUUUUGCAAUGUCCACUUUGCUCCCCGGCCUUCAUAUCAGCAGAAAAAUCCCCUGGAAUGCGCCGAUAGAAACAGUCCAUUUUCGAUUUCGUACUCGCCACAUCACAGCCAUUGGCCAAGCAGCCGACAACUACCAUCCAAAUGUCCGCCGCUUAAAAAUCCAGCCGACCCUCUUCGACCAAGUCAUCAAAACCAUUCUCUAUCUAUUCCCCAAAUUUGCGCAAGCCUACAUGCGAAGAUGGUUUCCCGAGUGGUACCUCCCGUCGGCCAUCGUCCUCAAGUCCCAGAAACCCGACUGGGAGGAAGAAUUUGACAACGAGCUGGCCUCGUACCGCAGCCUGCAAUCGCUCCAAGGAACCGUCAUCCCGCGGCAUUUCGGAGUCGUGCAAUUUGCCGGGGUGCGAAGCCACCUCAUGGCAGAUGUUGGCGGAGUGUGCAUCCCCUACACGACCGAGACGGCAGAGGAAGCAUAUACCCUUAUUCGCAAGCUUCUGUACGAGUCCCUCACCGCGCUUGCGUCGAGAGGCUUUGUACAAGACGACGUGAAGCUUGACAACUUCCACGUUGUUGGGAGUAGAGUCGUGGUGGUGGAUUUGGAGCGAGUCGAGAGGGGCAGAAGCCCCGACGAGCUGUCCAAGUUUGUUGACUCCAGCAUCCAGACUCUUAUGCAACAAUACCGAAACUACCUGGAAAACCUGAGAGCUAGAUACCCCUGAUGCCUGUUAUACGUCGAAAAUGCAUAUAUAGAGUGGCGUUUUUUUCUUUCUUUCUUUCUACAAGGCAUGCUGAUGACAUAUCAUGACAUAUUGACCAUCAUUUAUAUACACACAUACAAUACAUAUACCCGCAGAGUAACGACUAUCUCGCGGCCGCAUUCUCUUU